CCAGGAUGCUGCUCAGCAGUGUCUCGGUCUCUGUCCGGGGUGCCCCUUCCCGCGCUGCCGACGAUGCCCCCGGCCUGGCCGAGCGCGGCCCGCAGCGCGCCGCAGCAGCACCACCGUGAGUGCAGAGAUGUCAAAGCAGGCACAGCUUAUGGAGAUGCUGAAGAAGGACUUGAGGUCGUUGCUGAUAGCUGCCAAAGGGGGCUUAAGCCCAGCAAGGCUGGAGCAUGAGUACUUAGCCAUGAUUGGCAAACCUCUCCCUCUCCGUGACCUGGGCUUCCGAUCCACCUUGGAGCUGGUGGCAGAUAUGCCUGAGGUUGUCAGAGUCUGUCCUUAUAAAGGCACUUUUAUCCUCAAAGCCAUUGCAGAUGAGAGCACCAAGGGGAUUGCUGAAUUGGUUGCCAAGCAGAAAAGUUCCAGAUCCCGGAAGAGUUGGGCUGCAAGGGCACGUGUUGCUUCUCCAUCUCUCACUCCCCAGCUGGGCAGGGCUUGCAGGCAGCCAACAACGGCUGUUGCAGCAGCACCUGCAGCUAGGAUGACACCUUUGGAACUCUAUUCUGAGGCAGAGAGCUUCCACCUGACAGCAGAAGUCAAGUCAGAGCCAGUGGAAACAGAGGCAGUGGGUGAUGGCCUCCAACAACCUCAAGAUUUGGAGCAGUCCUUCCCAGGCAAGUUGAUAUUGACUGCAGAUAUGCCCCCAGAUGCUGUUCAGGACAGAAGCCUUUGCAAGUUACCACCACUGGAGAGGGGGUGUUUGGUGGCAGUCUUUGUGUCACUCAUCAUCUCUCCAAGCCAGUUCUACAUCCAGCUGUGCACCAGGGACACGUCUGGUAAACUGCAGGAGAUGAUGCAUGAGAUGAGACUCCUUUACUCCCAUAAAACUGUUUCUGAUCGAUAUGUCCUGCCUGAGUCUUCAGUGCAUCCUGGCCAGCUUUGCUGUGUGAUGGUCCUGGGCUGGUGGUACCGUGCCAUCAUCCACCGUGUCAUCAACCACCAAGAGGUAGAGGUGUUCUGCACAGAUUAUGGAAACCUCAAAACUGUCCAGAAGUCUGACCUGAGAUUGCUGAAGUGGUGCUACUUGAAGCUGCCAGCUCAGGCCAUCCCGUGCUCCCUGGCAGGGGUACAGCCCACACAGGGCACAUGGUCCAGUGCAGCAGCUUUGCAGUUCAAGGAGUUGUGUGGCUCCAAUAUCCUCGUGGGCCUCGUCGAUGAAUAUGUGAAGGGUGUUCUGCACCUCUUCCUGUGUGACACAUCCACCAAGGAGGAUGUCUACAUCCACCAGGUGCUGAGCAACAGGGGACAUGCUGCCAUCUGCAAGGAGAAUGUUCCUUCCCAGGGAUUCCAAGAACUGAACCCUUUGGCCUUGUAUGUUCAGCCCAGUAAACAGAAGGAAUUUCUGCAGGAAGAGUGAAAAGGCAGCCUCAAAGCUUCAGGUGGGACUUUUGCUGUGGUGUAGCAGCUCUUCCAUGAAAUCAGCUUGGGAUCAGCAGCCAUGGAUUUGGUAUAGUCCCAGGCAGGUUUUUUGUGGGUUUUUUUUUGCUUUUAUGAAAAUGAAGCAGAACCACAAUGUAAAAAUUGACUACAUGUCUAGCUGCUUGUCCUCUGAUCCUUGUGCAGGCUCUAGGGAGUCUGUGCUUAGCACAUCCUUCAAAUCAUCAGGUGUCAGUUAGGUGGUGUCGUAGUUUUUUGUUUAAGAGCACAACAGACUUAAAUUAUUUUACAUAACUCUUUUAAAGAAAAAGGUCAGUAAAAAGGCUCUUGCUGAACUGGAGAGGCAUACAGAAAAGUUGUAUUUAAAGAUGUGCAGGAAAAGGUAGGGAAUACAUGAAUCCUUAAUACCUAAUAGAGAUUGUCAUCAUUUUUGUGUGAGAGCACAACAGGCUGAGAUUAUUCUACUUUACUCUUUUUCUAAGGAAAAAGGGCAGUAAAAUAACAACACUUUCUCUGAACUGGAGAUGAAUGUGGAAAGGUUGAAUUUAAAAAUAAAUGUGCAGGAAAAGGUA